CGACCCGUGUCAUUUGUUAGCGUUUCGGCAACGAGGGAACAAAGCAAAGCUCCAAAGAACAAUGGCCACCAAGACGCUGAUGGUGCGUCCGUACGUCUUCGCAGCCUCGUCACGCGCCGCCAGCAAUAUUUUCCUCCGUCAACCACAGCCAACGAAACCCUUUGUCUCCGCUGUGCGAUUGGGGAGUAGAACGCGCGCCACGUGCACUAAACUCCGAAUUCGUAAUGAUGGUGAGAAUAAUAGUAUUGGAGAAGGUUAUGGGUAUGGAAGACCAUCCGGGUUCGGGUUUGGCCCGGUGAAUGGUCGGAGAUGCAGCACGCGAGCCACGCAUGUGAACGAUGCUGGGUCCAUCGACUCGCCGCUCAUGCAGUCCAUGGAGGAUAAGAUCAAGGACCAUCUCAAUGCAGAAUCAGUCACUGUAAAAGAUGCUUAUGGCGAUGGUCGGCAUGUCAGCAUUGAUGUUGUCUCUUCAGCUUUUGAGGGACAAUCUGCUGUUAGCAGGCAGAGGAUGGUGUACAAGGCCAUCUGGGAGGAGCUUCAGAGCACUGUGCAUGCAGUUGACCAAAUGACUACCAGAACUCCCACUGAAGCAGCAGAUGAAAAGUGAUGAAAGCCUUGCAAAAAGCCGGGAUUCUUUGCUGUAUUAAUUAUUAAGUCUCCCAGAAUGGGGUGGUGAACUGGUGGGUGAUUCACCGCCCUAUAUUUUGCUUUCUGUUUUUUUGGAUUUUGCUUUUUUGUUUUUAAAUCCCGUGUCAAGCUGUCAUUGGACUUGCACAAUUGCGAAAGAUUUCUUUCUGAGAA